GGUUCCGUUUCACAUUACAGUAACUACACGGAAGCAAGAAGGAGGACUUCUAGCUACCAGAACUGAGCACCCUCUAUUUGGCCCUGGGUGCCACAUGAGCCAUUUCUCACUACGUAAUAGCUCCGUGCUGGCACUUUACAAUGCUGUGCCGCUGCGUUGUGCUCUUCCACCUCAGCAUCACUGGCUGUGCCUUACGAUAAAGUUGCAAUUGGCCCUUUGAAGCGCAGCGGUGGUAGCUCUUGCUGCUGCUGUGCAACUUGCCACAGUAUGGACGGCAAUGCGGGGUGCGCGUGUCAUCUGCCAAUGGAGCGCCAGGUGGACAACGUGCACUGGCUCACAACUGGGCCCUCUGCAGACGGGCGGGCGCUCGCGCUGGUCAGUGGGGACAAGCAGUCGCAGGUUGAGGUGCUGGCCCUGCGCUGGCCGGAUUCGACGCCGCCUGAUGCCCACAGCGUGGGCCCCACUCCGGUGCUGGCUGAGCUGGACCGCUGGCCACUCGACAGCCGCGCAACUGACUUGCAGGUCAUGGCUUCGGGUGGCGGUGAGGCGGUCAUUGUGGCGGGCACGUCCAGCGGUGCCCUCUCCAUGGGGCUGUUCGAUGGGCAGCAUGGGCGGCCGGAGGCUCCCCUCCCGCAGGUGCACGCCAGUGCCGUGGUGGCUCUGGACAUCCAGCCAGAGACACGCCAGGUCCUUUCCGUGGACGAGGCUGGCCGCUUCUGCCUCACCCCCUUGGGCCCUGCACAAGGCCAGACCCGCGUGCUCUUUGAUUUCAAAGGAGCUCUCAGCAUUGGCGCACUGCGAUGGACCUCGGCGACGACGUUUCUGACCGGUGGCCAGGGGGACGCCCUGUUAAUGUGGGACGUGCGCCAGGCGGGCCCGGCCUCGCGCUCGCCCGCCGCAGGGGCCGCAUCACUGGAGUCGACCACGUGCAUGGAUGUGCACCCAUCACGAAAGUACCUCUGUGUAGUGGGUGGGGCUUCUGGCGCGGUGCUGAUGUGGGACCUGCGGUGGCAGCGUCAGCCGCUCGUCCUGGCCGCGCCGCCCGCUCGCGCCCCCGCAGCUCGCGCCGGCUCCCCCAGCCUGGUGGUGGAGAGCGGGGUGCGGCAGGUGCGGUUCGACCGCGUGGCGCACUUGUCCACGGCCGCGCUGGGGGUUGCGGAGCAGGGCGCGCUGCCACCAGUCAUGCUCAGCACCGAGGACGGCCAGCUGGCACUCGCCGGAGCAGGGGAAGCAUGCCGACUGAUGCGGGACAUCUUCUCGAUAAGCUCUUUUGACGUCGAUUCCGAAUUUGGACAGGACGUCAUAUGCACAUCCGAAUCCGAGAAGCUUCUGUACCUUAGAAGACCACGGUACAUGUAAGCAGCUCUACGAGCAGAUAAUGCACGCUUCUUGUAACUUGCCUAACACAGUCAUUUGAGAAGAAGGUAGACUUCCGUAGGGUUAAAGAUGUUUGAGGAUCUGUAUCCUUUUCAUCAUCAGCAUAGCUACGACUCAACAUCAGAUGUGAACGACUCAUUGGUGGGUUCUCGCAAAAAAGUUAGCAUCAGCUACCGCUAAAGUAGUUAGUUUUACGACCUCCUGUGUGGUUCAAAACAAUGGUGGGACUGGACUAAUGCAACGGCCAAUACGAUCAUGGCAAGUGAUCUUGGGGCUAGCCUGAGUCAGAACAGAAUGGAGAUUUGUAUUGGUCACUGCCCAAUUCAUAUGACUUUGGAAGAGAAUAUCAGUGAUAUGAAGGCUUGUAUCCAGGAUACUUCUAUAACAAUCAAUUGUAUUCUGGCUCAGUAUAUCGUUGUCCUUGCAUG